GAAUUCGUGAAUCUUGGCUUCCCCAACACACUGAAAUUCACUGAAAAUUCCCAGUCCACAAUCUCAUUCUCAUCCGCUCUCGCAGUUUUCACCCGCUAAACCCUCUCCCUCUCCCUCUCGCUCGCUCGCUCGCUCGCAGCUCGUACUUUCCGAGGUGGGUAUGGCGGACCCGAUCCCGAGUCAGCUGGAAAUGAUGGGCAGGGAGCUCAAGUGUCCUAUCUGCUUGAGCCUGUUGAAUUCUGCAGCUUCGCUCCUAUGUAACCACGUGUUCUGCAACUCAUGCAUUAUGAAAUCAAUGAAAUCUGGCUCUAAUUGUCCGGUUUGUAAGGUGCCCUAUCGUCGUAGAGAGGUUCGCCCAGCUCCACACAUGGACAGCUUGGUAAGCAUAUACAAGAACAUUGAAGUGGCUUCAGGAAUAAACAUUUUUGUCAGCCAAAAUGCGGCACCCGAUAAAUUAUCAGAUGGGGAGAACCAACUAGAGCAUUGUGAUGUUACGAGUAAUGGAGAUGUUGAAGUGUCUGGUCAUGAAGUAUCAGAGGGAAAAAGGACAUCCAAAAAGAAAGUACCAAGAAAAACAAAAGAAGAGUCCAACACAAUCAUAUCCAGUCCUAAUUGUGUAAAACCUUCCUUUCCGAAAAAGAAGAGGGUCCAGGUGCCGCAAUAUCCUUCUGCUGAAUCUUCGCUAUGUCCUCCAAAUCCAAAAGCUGGAUUAUGUGAAACUAAAGACAAUGAGAACACUUUGGCUUCAGCGAAGCAGAAACUAGCACUGAAUGAAAAGGGAGAGCAGUCAUUUUUGCCCUUUUUCUGGUUGAGGGAGGAAGAAGAUGCUGAGAAGCUGACUCAAUCUUCCGACAAUGAACAGCUCACAGGCAUAUCACCUCCUGAUGUUCCUUCUUUCAGUGAUAUGAAGGACUCAGAUGAUGAGUCUCCCUUUAAGUUGACUACUGAGGGAAACAAUAAUGGUAAUCCUGAGGCCAGAGAACUCUACGACAGUGAGAUGUUUGAAUGGACGCAAAGACCUUGCUCCCCUGAACUUUGUUCAAGUCCCAUUAAAGUUCAGGUAACUGGUAGUAAGAAAGAUUUCAAGGAAGCCUCACAACAAAAAAUUGUUAUUCAGACAAUUAGAAAUUUGGAUAAUCGAAUUGAUAUUGAUGAUGUGCCAUCCCCGGAUUUCCCUUCUGCGUCAAUGACUGAGAAUAAUCAUAUGAGGAAAUUUACAUCCAAAAAGAGAAGCAGAAAUAGGAGUGGAAAGUCCCAGAUGAACUCUAUGACUGGCAAUGCCAAGCACAGUCCUGCAGCUCGUCUUAGUUCAAAUGAAACAUUUGAAACCUGUCAUGAACAGCCAUCAUGGCAUAGUGAUGAAAAUAUUUUGAUGGAAAAAAACAAAUUGAAAAAGAGUAAGAAAUCGGUUUCUGUUAUUGGUCAAAUUAAGACAACAGAUGGAGAUGUUUCUGGUGAGAUUCCAGGCAAGGGCUGCAGUGUCACUGAAGUAGCUGAAACUCCAGCUUCGAAACAGGACAAUGAUGAUAAUACUAGCUCUUUCAAGACUGGAAAUAACCACAACCUUGACCUUCCAUUCCAGAAAGAUCAUCUUGCAAUGUUGAAUGAAAGAAAGCCAAUAUCUGCAGAAGAGAGAAUCAAUUUUGAAGGGCCCGCCAUCCAAGACCUAACCGACGAAAACUUGGUGCACAACUCAUCCCUUUCAACUUUUCCGUUGGUGAAUCUCACAGAGUCGUCUACAGUGAGAAAUAAGGAUGACAACAGCGAGGGAAUGAAGUCUGGAAAGUUGCUAACAGAUGAUCGAGGAUUGAGACUAAAGGAGAGUAAGAAAUGUAAUUCUUUGGUAAUCUCAGAUGCUGGGGUGGAUGAUGGGAAUCCAGAGGUUGGUGGUAAUGCGCAAGUUGAGGAAGCUCAAACAAAUCAUGACAUGAGAGUUGCAAGUGAGCUUCCAAUAGCUGAGAAGCUACAAGAUUCAGAUGAAAUGGUUUUGCGAAAAUGUGGGACCAUUCCCCGGGACGUCCAGUGUGCUUUCUGCCAGUCAUCAGAAUGCUCAGAGGCUUCAGGAGAGAUGGUCCACUACAGUAAUGGGGAGCCUGUUCCUGCAGAUUACAAUGGAGGAUCUAGGAUCAUACAUUCGCACAAGAAUUGCACUGAAUGGGCUCCUAACGUCUAUUUUGUGGAUGGUAAAGCUAUUAAUCUUGAAGCUGAAGUACUCAGGAGCCGAAGAAUAAAAUGUUGCUGCUGUGGAAUCAAAGGGGCAGCUCUUGGAUGCUAUGAGAAAAGUUGUCGCAAGAGUUUUCAUGUCACUUGUGCCAUGAAGAUCGCCCAAUGUAGAUGGGAUACUGUUAAUUUUGUUCUAUUGUGCCCGCUUCACUUUUCUUCUAGAUUACCAAUUGAAAUUCCCAGACCUCAAGAGAUGAAGAGUUCUUCAAAAGAAGAGCGAUCACAACUUGUUCAUGAUGGAAAUGACGAGAAGCAUCAGCAUGCCUCAAGCUCGAAGCGGAUCUAUUGUGGAUCUCACGACAAAAUAGUUCUGUGCUGUUCAGCUUUAACAAAAGCUGAGAGGGAAGCGGUUUCUCAAUUUGGGAGGGCAUCCAGAGCAACAGUGGUGCAAAAAUGGAAUCCAACUGUGACCCAUGUGAUUGCAUCAACAGAUGAAAAUGGAGCUUGCAAAAGGACGUUCAAAGUCUUGAUGGGUAUCCUGGAGGGCAAGUGGAUACUGAGUGUUGAAUGGAUAAAAGCUUGCAUGGAAGCAAUGGAACAUAUACAUGAGGAGAGAUAUGAAAUUAAUGCUGACAUUCAUGGAAUGAGGAACGGUCCUCAACUUGGAAGACAAAGAGUCAUUAACAUGCAACCAAAACUAUUUGAUGGGCUUAAGUUCUAUUUCAUGGGAGAUUUUGAUCCUUCAUACAAAGGGUACCUACAAGAUCUUGUAGUUGCUGCCGGCGGCACCGUGCUUCACAGAAAGCCCAUUCCUUGCGAUGAGCUAGCCCCCUUACCUCCAUCCAUUGCUUCAACCUUCAUAAUAUACAGCCUUGAGAUGCCAGACAAGUGUGGUCUGAGCAGGGAUAUGAUCAUCAAGCGCAGGUUGUCUAGUGCAGAGGCCCUCGCUAGAUCAACAGGAGCAAAAGUGGCAAGCAACUCAUGGCUUUUGGAUUCUAUUGCAGCAUGCAAGUUAGGAGAUCUCUGAUGAAAAUAUUCCUUGUUUGUUAUUUAAAGAGCUCCGCCAUUCCUCAUAGUUUUUUCGUUUCAUCAUAAAUGACAAAGCGAAUGGAUCGGGGCUCUUCUUUAGAACUGAUUUUAAAAAUGAAAGUUCCAUAUUUUUCGGUAUUGAUA